UGUGGAGGUUGUUCAUGCAUGGAUCGUUGCCCAAUUAUAGUCAGUCACAGAAUUUUACACCUGACACCAUAUACAGAUACCAUAAACAUGAUAUCUGUACUACUUAUGAUCACACUAUGUGGCUCAUGUUCCAUAGAUCAUAAACUCAGCAUUCUUUCCAUGACCUUGAGCGGAAAAUAAUCUUUUUAAUUUUUGUUAUAGAAGAAGGUGGGGCUCGUUACCAUGGUAAUUAUAAUAGACGUGGGUGGGCUCGUUACCAUAGUAACAAUCAGAAGGAACACAUGCACAAUGUUUUGCGGAUCAGUGAAUGAGGAUUCUUCAGUUUUCUCUUCUCCGACUGCCUUCAUUAGGGAAAUAAUACAAAAAGGCAUACACGGUGAGAAACGGCUCUCUGUAGGCCUAACCCUAUGCCACACCCUGUUAGAAAAUGGCGGCCAAAGCAAUGGAUCCUUACUGAGUGCUGUUACUAGCAAUGAGCAUGUAUCAGGAAUAAAAGCAAUUCUAGCAAAGAAGGAGGUUGAUAUUAAUGAAGCUUCUGGUGAUACUGGAGUUACUUCUCUAAUGAUAUCCUGUCUAUUAGGAAGAGAUGACGUUGUCAAGUUAUUACUAAAGCAUGGAGCAGAUACUGGACUGACUGAUAGAGAACAACUGAACUCAUUCCAUUAUUCAAUAUGGGGAAUGAAUAUCAAGUGUGUCAAGGCAUUAUUGAGUCCACCAUUGGUUAGUAGUAAGGAUCAAUAUGGAAGAUCAGCUCUUAUGAUUGCAGCACAUAAGGGUAAUAUUCCUAUAUUCCAGUUACUAAUUAAGAAAGGAGCUAACCUUUAUGAUAAAGAUAACAGGAGUAGAACAGUCAUGCAUUGGGCAGCAACCUCUGGAAAUUUGUCAUUCCUGGAGAUGUUAUACAAACGUUAUAUACCUGACAUCAGUGAGUGGUCUUGUACUGAUGAAGAUGGAGCUACUCCAUUACAUUAUUCACUGAUUGGAAGUAACACACAAAUACUUCAGUUCCUAAUAUCAAAGGGAUGUAAUCCUAUUCCUCCUGAUACAGCUAAGACCCUAUCAGUAAUACACUGGUCUUGUGCAUUAGGACUCACUGAUCCUCUACACUGUAUAUUAACCUCUAGUAAUAAUACUAAUAGUAAUAUUGAUGAGCUGGUAGUGUGUCCAUCAUUCGUUGGUGAACCACUUCAUGUAGCAGCUAGUGUUGGAUCAAUGGAGCUGUCCCAGUUACUAAUAGAAAGAGGAAAUGAUGUUGUUAAUAAUCGUGAUCCUUCCUCUGGCAUGACUCCAUUACAUUGUUCUAGUGCUCAUGGUCAUAUUAAUAAUCUGAGACUGUUACUAACUAAUAAUGCUGAGGCUAAUGGACUCAACCAUAGCAAUGGACAGUCUGGUUUACAUUAUGCUAGUUCUAGUGGUCAUGGUGAAGUAUUGAAGGAAUUACUAAAGAAUGGAGCAGAGAGAGACAAACCUUCCUCAUCAAGUGACUCUCCCAUACAUUUAGCUGCUAGCAAAGGACAUAAGAAUAUUUUAGAAAUAUUAAUAAGUGAUGGCACUUCAAUUCAGAGGUUGCACGUCUACUGGAAUUUUCGUGUACUUGUAUUUACUUGUAUUUUGAAAAAAGCAGGUCGUGUAUGUACUUGUAUUCAAUGGCAAACUUUCGUGUAUGUACAUUUACUUAUUGCUUCCCAAAUUCGUCUAUAUUUUGGUGAUUUUUCAUUUACUUUUCAUAUAUCCUGUACUUAAAUGUUGAGUAUUUGAAAGGAUAAUAUCUUUACUACCU